CCGCUAUUGGCUGACAGUUGUUGAUGAGGCGGGAUCAUUUCAGCGGCGACUGUCAAGAUUGGCAAAGAGCUACGUGCAGGUAAAAGGAACAAGCGACACAAAACAGAAAACAUUUAUCCUGGCAGAAAGCGAAGCGUGCGAUGGAAACAGACCGUCCGGUGAAACCUUUUCGUGCGGCAGAAUCUCAAAGGCAACGCGUUUAAGUCGGUGAAAGAGGAACAACACCUUCAGCUUCUUGGAAGAAAGUGCUGUUGUGUCAACCAUCGCUUGGCUCCCGGGGCACGCUUUGUACAGCAAGAAACUUGGACAGCUGCGCGUUUUCAAGCAAGCCAUCAACAAAGAAUGAAAGCAUUCAAACGAGCUCUGGAAGAAGAGCAUCGCCCGGAGCAGGAGCACUCCUCGGCUGUGUCGGACAGUGAUGACGGCUCCCCGCUCGACCUGUCGGGAAGAGGGCUGUUUGGGAAGCGCCGUCGCCGCGGCAACCUGCCCAAGGAGGCGGUGCAGAUUCUGCGGAGCUGGCUGUACGAGCACCGCUUCAACGCCUACCCGUCGGAGCAGGAGAAGCUCAGCCUGUCGGGCCAGACCAACCUUUCUGUGCUGCAGAUAUGUAACUGGUUCAUCAAUGCACGCCGCCGCCUCCUCCCUGACCUACUUCGCAAGGAUGGCAAAGAUCCCACCAAGUUCACCAUCUCCCGCAAGGUUGGUGGUAAAAGUGAAUGCCACUCGUCUAAUGGAGGCGGAGCCAGUUCUCCAGAAAGCAGCUCUUCUACCGGCUCAUCUCAACAACGCCCAUCGGUCAUCCGCUCUGCCCCUAUGUUGGACCUCAGUCUUCUUGGGAGCACGGCAACAGCAAUUCUGACAGGAGCAGGGUACCCUGGUAAGGAGGGAUCGGUCCAGGCGUUGAUGAGGCUGGACACGCAAAGACUGCUGAGAGAAGCAGAGGAACAGGGUGCGUGUCUCACCAGCACAGCAAUGGCAGCUAGCCCCACCAGUGGCUUCUUCAACACGCCUCCCCCGACUCCCCCCGAGCUCUUCCCUACCCAGGACUUCAGCGACUUGAGGCUCCUGGUCGACGCAGCUCUGCAGAGGGCGGCAGAGCAGGAGAACCUGAAGAGACUCCAGGAGAGCCAGAAGAGACCUACAGAGGCUGUAAAGACUGAACAGGUGGAGGCACAAUGCAGUGCUUACAGCAGUGACAUGGGACCCACGCCGCCUCCAGAGGACAGCCAACAAGUCAUGGAUGCUUCCACGGUGCAGAGUCUGAUGGAGAAGGCUAUGGCUGCUCCAGUGUCAGCUGCAACUCCAGUAAAGGAUCCCGUGCCUCUAUCAUUACCAGCCUCUGUACCAGUCCCAACUACAGUGUUGGUCUCAGCACCAAGACUGUCUCCUCUCACGAUCAAUAAAGUCAUCUGGAGCCCCUUGGAGGAGGACACUGUCAGAGCCUCCAGCCCAAACCAGUCUCCGCUCCUCCCAGCUCAUCUGCCAACCUUAGUGCCAGUGUUAGGAUGGCCGAAUUCUCAGAAACCUGCUUCUGCUCCAGCCCCAAGCUCAGUACUGGCCCCACUGCCCACUACAAGUCCUACAAGUGCACCAGCUACAAGGCCAGUCUCAGUGCCGUCACCAGCUCUUCUCCCAGCCACAAGUUCCACGUCUGUCACCGCUCCAAGCCAGGCUUCUUCCCACACUGCAGCCCUUGUUUCAGCUGCUCCUUCUCCAACCAUCACCUCCUUUACAGCCCCCAAAGGAAUCCCACUUUACCUGCCGUUCCACAAAUCCCCCUUAAUCCCAGUCACAGUUCCAUGUCCAUCACCGGUGUCAACCGUGGAGUCAUCUCCAGCCCCUGUACACACCCCAGUCUUUGCCUCUGCCCAAACUCCAGCUCCUCUCCCCGCCUCAACCCCAACAUCCUCCUCUACACCAACAAGUACACCUCUUCCGGGAUUGGCUUCCCACCUCACUACUCCUCCUCUUCAGCCCUCCACAAGCAGCAGCAGUAUUAGUAGUAGUGCGCAGAGGAAUUCAGCAGUGGUUCCCAGUGUUUGGAGCAUGGUCCAUACUGAUACCAGGCAACCCAGUUCUCUUCAAGUGGUAAAGACCCCCAUCACCACAGUGUGGGGCCCACAGCACAGCCUGCAUGCAGUGAGUGAAACUGUUAACUAGUAGCUGGAAGUUGGCCCCUUUUUUUUUUUUUUUUUUUUUUUUUAAAAAAAAUAAUAAUUUUUUAUAUAUAUAUCUGGGGAGGAGAGAGGUCAAACAUUCCCUUUGGCUGGACAACACUGUAUAUAGGAGAAUGUAUCGUCAUCAGAAGUCCCUUGUUUGUCAUUUAAAGCAUGUGCCUGCAGAAUACAGGGAAUGAAAUGUGUGAGCUGGGACAAACACGAGGGGUUACAGAGACUUGCUGUUUCAAGCAACUUUUUAUUGUUUAAAUAUGCGGUUCUUGAUGGAGGCACCUGCUGGUGAGAACACUUUGAUGCCAUUCCUCGAAAUGAAUUCCUCAGUGCUGAGUAUUGUACAACGAUUUCCACAUUACGGUUUAUGAAUGAGGAAGAAAAAACAUCCCUUAAUUGUGCUAAAUGUCAGUUGGUGUGAUUUUUAGCACCAGCAGUUAGCCUCUUCAGUAGCAGUACUGGACUUUAUUGAAUGUACAAAAGACAUUGAUAUCAAUGGCCAGGCUGCCUAUUACCUAUUCCCCUCCAUGAUGAAAAGGAGGACAACAUCAUAGUCCUCUAUAGUUGUGCAAUUCAAAUGGUUUUUAAAAUAUAUUAUUUAGCCUGUUAUUUACUUCACUACAUUUCCCUUUUUUUACUUGGAGAUGAGCACAAGGGAAAUUGAUUGUACUGCAGCGAGCCUGACUGAUUGACUCGCCUCUAUCACUCCUUGUCUUCCUGUCUUAUGCCCUGCCUGUAGUUAAGGGACUUCAUCGGGCCUCAUGAGUUGUCCACUCAACUACUCGACCCAUGCUGUCACGUAGCACGUAAUUUGUUUGCCAUUUCCAAUCUAUAAAAACAAUCAGUAUUUUCUGCGCUUUCACUGGAAACUAAGCAGAUAUGUUUUGUUACUUUAUGCGACCUCGAUCCGUUGUGUACAGUUUUCAGGGAUUGUUUUUGAGGGGGAGGGCUGUGGAUAUAGGAUGAAUGGGAGAAGGUCACUUAUGGAUAUGUUACAGAAAUCAAUUUCAGUGGAGAGGUGAGCAGCUUGGUGAUCUGAUGACAUGACUCUUGCAGCUCCUCAAAUGAAACAUUACACUUGCUGUAAGACAUGGCGCCUUCAUCUCUUGUGGUGCCAAACACUUUAAAUGUUGGAUCCUCUUAAUUUAAGGGGGUGGGCGUGGGGAACAUAUAAAUUAUCCAGAUUUCCCUGUCGAGUUGGGGCCUUAAGAUUUAGUCAAUGUAUUUCAAACCUGAAUGUCUUAUUAGUGGAAAAAUAAAUUGAUGCGCAUAGUGUCUUGGCAAAAGCAAAUGUAGCAGAUGUACUGAAAUUUGUUGGGGUCAUUUUCCCUGGAAGGUACAGGAGCAUAAAAAUCAAGUUAUUCUACAUCAACGCUUUCCGCCUGUGUUUAGAAAUGGUUUCUAUAGAAUUUCUAAUCAUUCAUAAGCUUUAGUUUCCAUGAAACUGUCUUAGCAUAAACCACAAUAUGUGGCUGAAUGCCAUCUGGACAUCUAGUAACAGUAGCAUCAUGUGGAAAAGUUCCUAUGUGAAUAAUACUAUAGCAGAAUUGGGAGUCCAAUCUCCAGUACUGUCAUGUUUAUCAGUGUCAUUGAAUGGUGCUUGGUUCUGUUACAUUUAGAGAAGACAAAAGGAGAAAAGUUGGUGUUGUCAGAUAACUGCUGAACACUGACCCCAUCAUCCCCAUAAAAACACAUCUUUUUCAUGGCAGAAGUGGGAACUCCAACUCUCCUUGUAUUUCCACUCCUCACUGCCAGUUCUGCUCCGUGGUGAGGAUUUUGUUUCUGGGGUUUUCUUGUGUUACAGGUACUCACUCGAUUGAUGUGCAUUUAUACCUCAAUUUACACAGGUCAUGUCAGGCUUGGGUCAUAUGUAGAAUACUAAGUAUUAAAGUAAUAUUUUUAUUUUUCAUACUACAUCAUGCCACUGUGACAACACCUUAUCUGUUGUGAUACUGGAAAUGGCUGGUUAAAGAUUAGGCAGGCAGGUCUUUUUCUUAACAUAUAUAUAUAUAUAUAUAUAUAUGAUAGCAAGGUUUAUGUGAUUUUUAGAUGCAAAGUGGCGCUCCAAUCAGAGACAGUGAUGAUGCAUGUAAAUAUUUUCAAGGUCAUGUUUCCAUUUUUUUGUUUUGUUUGUAUUGGCAUGAACUUUAUCUCAAACUGUAGUUUCUUUAUAGCCAAAUGCAGUCAAAAAUGUUUUUGAAGCUCAUGUUGUGAAUCAUGACUGACUGUUGGCAGUAUGGCUGACGGCUGUGCCUUAAACCCACGACUGAGGGAUAAUGUCCCUUUUUUUUUGUUUUGUUUUUAUAUAUAUAUAUAUAAAAACUUCUCAAUAGUCUGUGCAAUAUAUGCCUUAAACUUUAAAUGUGUUUUUGUAUAAGCAUUUCAAAGAAAUAAAAGUUCAGUUUUUCAUAAA